UCCCUUUGUCUUGCCACUAGGGCGCCUCUAAAACUGUCUGGAGACGGACUCAAUUAAAUUGAUUUCGGGAUUGAAGAAGAAAACCACCAAAUUAUACUCGGUCAAAUAGUGGAAAUGAAAGGGAGAGAGACGGAAAAGGGGGGAAGGAAGACAAUCUUUUCCUCUAUAUAACUCUUUCUUCUCUUCAACCCCCUUCGAUCGACCCAGGGUUCGCUAACUAUUCGUUGUUGAAUUUCGCCCUUGGAAAAUUUCUUCUUUUUUUUUUUUUUUGCCUCUUUUCCACUUAUAUAACUUGGCCAGACAUGGUCUGUUCUCCUCCGACCGCGACUUCACCUCUCACCCCUCUUAUCUUACUGUACACACGGUCUUUAUCGGUCCUCUCGUCUCGAUCACUAUCGCCGCCAUCAUGUUUGAGGAUUUCUCCUUCUCUUCCCCCUCCUCAUCCAGGCCACCCCGCCUCGCUCUGGACGGGGACGACAGACUCAUGGUCGACUGCGACGGCUCUCCGAUCUCGCCAAUGUCCUCGCGAUGUCCCUCACCUCGAUCCUCGUCAACCUCUCGCUUCCCUCGCAGCAUUCCCCGCUCGCGAUCCCUCUACUUCCGCUCCCCUCAACCUCCCCCAACCUCCGUUCCCUUCUCCGCCUAUGAUGACCACAAACGUCUCUCCAUAAGCACCCUUACCAGGAAACUCCACGAACACACCAUCCAGAACCCCUCGAGCCUCGAUACCUCGUGUCCUGCAUCCCCGACGACUCCACAAUCCGCCACGUCCUCCUCCCGCUACUUCCAGGGCUACAGCUAUGUCCUUACCCCGCCCGACACCGACCACGACGACGAGAGCUACUACGCAGACUCGACCUCCUCUCCACUGACCUCUCUUUCGCCUUCUCUCUCUCCGCAACCCCAGUCUCCGUUCCUCGGCCCAACUUCUGUCCCGGUAGACCUUCCGUUCCUUUCAGCGGUGGAACAACCACUCCAGCCGCAGCCGCAGCCGCAGCCGCAGCAACAGCAACAGCCGAACGACCCCGCCACCGGCACCACCACCGGCACCGCAGAUACUUGGGCCGCUAUCCGCGCCCGCCGUCAACACAUGUCUCGAAUGCAAUGCCACUCCUCAGACCUCGAGGCUAUCCGUCGGGCCCUUCUCUCCAACGAGGAUACCAUCCGCAUCCAUCCCAUUCUCACGGAAGAUUGCCACCCGAGUUCGCUCCCGCCGCAGCAAUCGCCCCGGAGACGCACGAUCUCAUCGCAUUCGCACCGGACUCGCGUUCGUUCGCAGAUGAGUUACGAAAGCGCCAGCCCUAGCACGAGUACGGGUCCUAGCAUCAGCACGGAACACCCCCCACUGCGCAGAAAAAGCAGUGUCGGAAUCCCAGCUCCUACCAUGACACCUCUCGCGCCGCACCCGCACCGCAUUGAGAAAAGUUACCAGCAUUCAUUGGACCACCGCAAGAAAAGCGAGCAGGGCUUAAGGAGGAAGAGUCUGGUCAGUGCCGCUUUGGCCUCGAUGAUUGAGAGGGAGAGGGGGGAGUAGUUUUUUUUUUUUUUUGAUCCCAUUUCAUUUUCCUUUUCUUUUGGUUGGUGGAUGGUGGAUGCAUGCAUGAUGGGGUUAACUUGUUUUAUGUAUGUAUGUAAGUAUAUACUUAUAUAUGUAUGUAGGUAUAUUGGAUGUAUGUAUGCAUGCAUGUCCAGUAGAGUGGGGUGGACCUUGGUUUAAUAUUUUUCUGCACACCUUUUUUAGGUAAAUCUCCCCCAGUUUCUCGCUAGUCUAGCUAGAUAGGCAGUUUCAGAGAUUGAUCAUCCCAUCCCAGAAUAAAAAGAACAGUGUUCGUUUUUU